AUGUCCAGCGACAGCCUCUCUAAUCAAGGUGGGGCAGCUGACCCUGCCUACACUCCCGACUCACUUUCUUUGUCCUCUUCUUCUGUUCAGUCUGCCAUCCCCGCUGGCCAUACCCGGACUCCGGUGGCAGGUAGUCCCAUUGACGCCUCGCUGCCAGCCCCGCCUAUUCCAAUCCCUUCUGCCUGGCUGCAGGCCCCCUUAAUUCUCAACACUUCUCUCGUGCCUACUACUCCUACCGCCCUCGCAGCAUUCUUCGCCAGCCAGGGGCUCGAAGCAGCUGCCGUAGUCGCCUCCCUACACCACCAAGCCAAAAGCCCAGCCACCGCACCCACCGUUGCGGAGCUGACCGCCCGCCUGGGUGAUGCGAGGCACCCUAAUGCACUUGGGGAGGCAAGAUUCCGUCAGACGAGACAGGACGCGCCCAACGCCGUGGCCCUCCGCCUUCUAGCACAACCCGCCGCACACGACUAUGGGUUCGAACAGAGCUCAUACACCAACAAGGAGGGCAACACGGUGAUGGGCUGGAAGUGCAAAUGCCCAACCUGCGACUGGCACAGCCAAGACUACACCCGGCACAAGGACGAGAUGCAUGUGAAGGGCCCUACCACUGCGUUCUACUGCCCUUACCAUGGGUGUGAGCAGGUCCACUAUGGGACCACCAGGUUCUCUGAGAUGAAGAAACACAUUGCGGGCCAUCAGACGCGGGGCAAGGGGCAGGGUGUGCAGGGCAAAGGCCGCGGCGGCCGGGGCUGA